CGGUCUAUCUAUACUAUGUCUAUGGUGUUUACACACCAUAGACAUAGUAUAGAUGCUUUCUCUGUCAAACAGCCUAUAUUGAUGAUUGAGAAUUAAAGGUUCGAAGAUCUUCGGUUAAGUUAUCGAUUGAAUUUUGAAGAAUUUUUUUUCUUCGUUAUCUGCUGGAACUUGUAUCGUGUCUUUAACCUGUUCUUUCGCGUUAUAUGACGAAUCAACUGAAAUUGAAUUUGUCGAGAUUACUUGUACGUUAAGAAGAUGACAACUCCCCUUCAAAUGCAACUUAUAAAUGCUUUAGGAAACAAAACAAAAUACCUUGCGGAAUUAAAGAAAACAUUCGCGCGUCCAUUAAUACAGCUUGCAGUGAAAGCAAUAGAAAUGGAACAUAUAGAAGAUGGUAUACUAGAACGAAUAAGUAAGAAAUAUAAUAUACCUGAAGAACAUGUAGAUGAAUAUUAUGCUGCUAUUCUUACAAUUUUGAAAAUGCAUUUAUGUUCACAAUAUCAUAAUAUCAAACCUGCAGAAUUUAAACAAUGUUUGGAGGAAUUGAAGUUGAAUUCAGACUGUGUAGAAGAUUUAAUUUCUGUAGUUUAUGGCCCAAAACAAUCAGAUCUAUUAGCAGGUUUAAUUCAGAGAACAAAAUUUUAUCCACAGCUAGUAUCUUGUAAAUGGCGUAUAGAUAUUACUAUUUCAUCUAAUAUAUUGAAUAAAGUACUAGAGCCAAAUAUUGUGAUGGAAUGGAUCUUUAAUACUGGUGAAUCAGUAACAUUUGAAUUAUCUCUGGCAAAGUUCCAUCAAUUGAGACAUGCUGUAGCUACCAUUCUCGUUGAGAUGCAAGCACUGGAACGGCAUAGUAUUUUCAAAAGUGUUUUGCCCAGUUGAUAAUCAUUUUACCUCAAUAUAAUUUUCACAAAAUGUA